AUGGAUGCGCAUCAAGAGGAUGAAUGGGAGAGACUUCCACCCAGAAGAAGGAGAUCCAUAGCUUCAUUGGCCGCCAGUGCUAAACCUCCACCAGUGCACUUUCAUGCUCUGCGAAUGGGCCAAGAUCAAAUUUCAGCUAUCCAAAAUAAGGCUGUGAGGGAUUUUUACAAGCAUCAAAAUGAGAUGAUUGAUCGAUUUGAGGAGGUGGAUAGAAUCAUUGAGCGUAUCCAACAAUCCCUUGAGGCUCUCAAUUAUGGAUCUGUUUCCACUGCCAGCUCAACUGUGUCUGUCCAAAACCUGAAUACAGAGCAAGAUGAGGAAUCAAAUGUGGGAACACCACUGUUACGGAAACCAGCUUCUCCUACCAACCCGAAUGCCAACGGAGGACCCUCGCCCACAUGGCUUAUUCAUUUAGCCAUCAACUUGUCCAUGGUGGCCAAUGUCGCCUUGUUUGCUACAAAAAUCUUUUUGGCUGUCUUGUCAGGCUCCAUGGCUAUCUUGGCUUCUGCGUUUGAGAGUUUCUUGGAUAUCCUUAGUAAUGGCAUCAUUUUCCUUACCAUCCGAGUGAUUCGACAAAAGAAUCUUUAUGAUUAUCCGGUGGGCAAGGCUAGAAUGGAGCCAUUGGGCAUCAUUGUAUUUGCUGUUGUAAUCACCACAUCUUUCUCUCAAGUCUUGAUUUCAUCCAUUGAACGUUUAACCGAGAGUUCCCCUACAUCUGAACCCAUUGAUUUGGGUCCAGUCGCAUUGACGCUGCUCGUAGCCAACAUUGUUAUCAAGGGUAUCUUGUGGUUAUGGUGUUUGACAAUCAAGGGAAGCUCGAGUGUCCAAGCACUGGCACAGGACCAUGAAAAUGACGUUGUGUUCAACAUUGCCAGUACAAUUUUCCCUGUUCUUGCUGUUUGGGCAGAAUGGCCUUGGCUGGAUCCUGUAGGCGCUAUUUUGCUUUCUCUGUAUAUCAUUUAUGAAUGGAUGAUUGUGCUGCUAGAAAAUAUUCGAAGACUGACAGGCCAAGCAGCCAGUGUGGAUGAUAUCAAGCAAUUGACCUACAUGGCGUAUCGAUUCUCUACCAAGAUUGUUUCAAUUGAAACUGUGCGUGCGUAUUACACUGGUGAUCGCUGUAUCGUGGAAGUCGACAUUGUGUUGCCUCCUGAAUGUCCGUUGCGAGAGGCUCAUGAUGUGGGCGAGGCGUUGCAAGAUGCCUUGGAGCUACUGGAUAAUGUAGAGCGUGCAUUUGUUCAUUUGGAUUUCACAUCUGAGCAUCAAAUUGAGCAUCGACGUGUAGUUGAUGAUGUUGGCUUUGGACAGUAG